AUGAGUGUAGAAACCAAACCACAGCCAGACUUGUCAAGUAUAAUUGAAAAUGCUCCAGGAACAUAUUUAGAAGUGCCUAAACCAAAUCAUUUAUACUCUGAUCCCCAAUCGCUUAGCAGUAGCAUGGCUACUUCGUUUAAUGAUCAACAGCAAGAAGAUGCUCAUAGCAAACAAGACUCUAUUGGCGAAUGUCGACUUUCAGUAAGUCAGAGUACUGAGGAAAAAAUCAAUCCAAAACAUAUAUUGGUGGAGGUUUCCAAAAAGAACGAUAGUAUACACGACGCAGUUGCCCAAGCAAAUACAGAAGGUAACAUUCGAGCAUCUACGUCUUCCGAGUACACAAAUGAAGUGAAGAUUCAGAUCACGUCGGAAGUUGAGGAUACUGGAUUAUUUCAAACUGAAGACCAUGAUGGACAGCCUUUCUCGUCCGACUUGUUAAAUGGUGAUUCUCAAACAGACAAAGUAAAACAUAUACAUGGAUUGGUGGAUAUAACCCGAGUAAAGACUGCAAAUAAAGUUUUUACACCAGCAAAGUCAGAUACACGACACCAUGGUCAAGUCCAGCACGAUCAGCAUCCAUUGAUGGAUCAUCAGUAUCAGAAAAAGCAGCCCAAGAAAGUACCAAAUUGUAAUCCUGCAUUCAAUCGCAAAUUUUACAAUGUGCCCGACUCUGACCGACUCAAUGGUCGAUGGGUCAAUCAACACAGUAUAGACACUAAUGCUGCGGUGGGAAGCUACACCCCAUUCCCUUUACUUUGGGAAAAUGCAUCACAGGUUCGACGAAAGCAAACAGUCAAGGAUGUGUGGGCUCGAACAUCAGACAGAUUUGUAUCAAAACUAUCACCAGGAAUUUAUGAGCCACAUUUGUGCAUCCAGACUAACCCGGCUGGUGCUGUAUCUGCUUUUAAAAGCUCACAAGAGCGAUUUCGAAUGCGAGCAACUGGUUCAAACGUGGCGCCUGGAUCGUACAAUACAGAGAUCAAAAAGGUUCAACACGGAUUUACACCUUGGAUCAAGUCUGUUCAUGGCGAUCUUGCACGAAUCAUGGAGCCACCUGAAUCAGUUUCGUGGGGUACAUCAUCUCACUUGCUCACAAAUCUAUCCAGUAAAUGUGUACUGCCGCCAAAAUCUAUUAAUGUUGACAAGAAACAGAAAAAUAAACCACCCGCAACAGAAGUAAAGGAAACAGCUGGCAGUGCAGGUCCAGCAAAGCCAUUACAUCCCUUUAGCUUAACCUAUCUAGUCACUAAACCAGUCUUAUUAACAGGAAAUGCAACACCUAAUUUGAAUAGUGCAUCAAGAAUCUCGUCAACUAUGCCUUCAAAUAUGACUGUAUAA